GGUCGCCAUGACGGCGGCUGUGUUUUUCGGCUGCGCCUUCAUUGCUUUCGGGCCUGCGCUCGCCCUCUACAUCUUCACCAUUGCCACGGAGCCGCUACGCAUCAUCUUCCUCAUCGCCGGAGCUUUCUUCUGGUUGGUGUCUCUGCUGCUUUCUUCCCUUGUUUGGUUCAUGGCAGAAACCAUUACUGGCCACAAAGAUGGACCUGUAAAGAAAUAUCUGCUCAUCUUUGGGGUGCUAGUCUCAGUUCUUAUCCAAGAAGCCUUCCGGUUCGCUUAUUACAGACUGUUAAAAAAAGCCAAUGAGGGUUUGAAGGCUAUAAACCCAGAUGAGACAAUACCUUCUAUGCGACUGCUGGCCUAUGUUUCUGGCUUGGGCUUUGGAAUCAUGAGUGGAGUGUUUUCCUUUGUAAAUACCUUGUCAGACUCCCUGGGACCAGGCACAGUGGGCAUCCAUGGAGAUUCUCCCCAGUUCUUCCUUAAUUCAGCCUUCAUGACGCUGGUUGUCAUUUUGCUGCACAUCUUCUGGGGCAUUGUGUUUUUUGAUGGCUGUGAGAGGAAAAGGUGGUUCUCCCUUCUGGCGGUCAUUCUGACCCAUCUGCUCGUGUCUGCCCUGACCUUCAUAAGUCCUCAUUAUGGGAUAAAUCUGGUGUUGUCAUAUGCAAUCAUGGUGCUCAUGGGCGUCUGGGCAUUCUUCGUUGCUGGAGGCUCCUGCCGAACCCUGAAGCUCUGCCUGCUCUGCCAAGACAAAGACUUCCUUCUUUUCAGCCAGCGCUCCAGAUAA